GCUGAACCUAACUCACUCAAAGACUCACUUGCAACUUUGCAAGGUCCAAAAAGCAUAAAUAGGCUUCCCUUAUAGACCUCAUUGCAGUUAUUUCCAUGCUAAGAUGGGAGUCUUCAUGUCUCUUGCUACACUGAAGCCCCUAACGUUUAUGUUGUUUCCUAUUCUUCUCUAUUUAUUGUUUCACGUAAUUUUAUGUGAACUCCGGCGGGUUCGAAAGCUUUCCAGCCAUGGACCGCCAACCUACCCUGUCAUUGGAUGCUUGAUUUCCUUCUACAGGAAUCGUGUGCGUCUGUUGGAUUGGUAUACUGAGCUCCUCACGGAGUCAGCAACCAACACAAUCGUGGUGAACCGUUUUGGUGCACCACGGACCAUAGUCACCGCAAAUCCAGAAAACGUAGAGUACAUGCUCAAGACAAACUUUAACAACUUCCCCAAAGGCAAGCCCUUCACUGAAAUCCUUGGGGAUUUUCUUGGCUGUGGUAUAUUCAACGUAGAUGGAGAGCUUUGGCACACUCAGCGCAAGCUGGCCAGCCACGAGUUCCGCGCCAAGUCCCUCAGAGAAUUUCUGAUGAAUGCAUUGAAGGAAGAAGUGGAAAACCAAUUGUUUCCAGUACUAGAGUCACUGGCUACCUCCAAUGGAGUUGUUGACUUGCAGGAGUUGCUAAGACGACUUGCAUUCAAUAUGAUUUGUAAGGUCUCAUUGGGGAUUGAUCGGUGUAGCCUAGAUCCUUCGCAACCCAUUUCGCCACUUGCAAAAGCUUUUGACAUGGCAUCAGGGGUAUGUGCAAGGCGUGGAGCUGCACCUCUUUUCAUUGUUUGGAAGGCUAAAAGAUGGCUUGGAGUAGGAUCCGAACGGAAGCUAAAGGAUGCUGUUGAAAAAGUUCAUGCCUAUAUCACUGGUAUAAUUCACAAUAGGAAGAAGAAGAUUAAUCAAGGUGAGGUUUGCAGUGAAGAUCUCCUAUCUCGGUUAAUUUCAGCCGGUCAUGAAGAUGAGGUUAUAAGAGACAUGAUGAUAAGCUUCAUCAUGGCAGGGAGGGACACAACUUCGGCAGCAAUGACAUGGCUCUUUUGGUUGCUCUCUUCCCAUCCCAAUAUAGAGCAAGAGGUGGUUAAAGAGACAGAAUUUGUGGAAGGGGAAAUGUUGAAUUAUGAAUCACUAAGGGAAAUGAGAUUGUUGAAGGCUUGUCUUUGUGAGUCCAUGAGGCUCUACCCACCCGUGGCUUGGGACUCCAAGCAUGCUAUAGUCGAUGACUUGUUGCCGGAUGGCACUUUUGUGAGGGCAGGAGAUAGGUUGACUUACUUUCCUUACGGGAUGGGGAGAAUGGAAGCAUUGUGGGGGAAGGACCGGCUUGAGUUCAAACCGGAUCGAUGGUUUCUUGAACCGGACAAGGAGGGAGGAGCACUGAAGAAUGUGUGCCCCUACAAGUUUCCAAUCUUUCACGCCGGUCCAAGGGUGUGUCUCGGUAAGGAGAUGGCUUUCAUUCAAAUGAAGUAUGUUGUGGCUUCCAUUCUGAAGCGGUUCGAACUUAGACCAAUUGGUCCAGACCGGCCAGUUUUUGUACCACUCCUUACAGCUCACAUGGCUGGCGGGCUAAAGGUUUUAGUUCGCAAGAGAGGGGCUGAGGUAAAGUUAUAAAUUUCAGUAUAUUAUUCAUACCAAAAUAAAUAAGUAUAUUAGUCAAGGUCAAUGCUUCUGACGUACGAUCUGUUGGGCUGUAACAUGCCAAUGUCUUGGUUUUGUAAUAUAAACACAAGGGAGAUGAUUAUAUACAACAAAUUAUACAUUAA